AGGAGAUGAGCAUGAAUGAUAGCUUGAGAGAAGCAGCUGCAACAGGAAAUAUUGAUGCCUUUUAUGCUUUAAUUCAAAAGGAUCCGUACAUGUUGGAGCGCAUUGACCACAUUCCUUUCAUUGAUACUCCACUUCACAUAGCUGCAACUGAAGGCCAAAUUAAGCUGGCAAUGGAGAUGAUGAACUUGAAGCCUUCGUUUGCUAGGAAGCUAAGCCAAGAUGGAUUUAGCCCCAUGCACUUGGCCUUCAGAAACGGCCACACCAAGCUACUGCUUCGACUCUUGAAGACCGAUAAAGAUCUGGCUCGAGUCAAAGGAAGGGAAGGGAUGACUCCUUUCCAUUGUGCAGCCACAAUGGGGAACUCUAAUCUUUUAUUCCACUUCCUCGAAGCUUGCCCUGAAUGCAUUGAAGAUGUGACGGUUCGAGACGAGACUGCGUUACAUCUUGCUUUGAAAAACGAUCUCCUCGAAGCGUUUAAUCUCUUAACCGGAUGGCUUCAAAGUAAUCGUCGUAGAGGAGCCAAUGAAUUGGAAAAGAAGGUUAUCAAUUGGAGAGAUGAUGAUGGCAACACUGUGUUACACAUUGCAGCUAUAAAGUGUGAUAAUAUAUAUUUAUACGUAACAGCUAAGAACUCAGAUGGUUUAACAAGUCGAGAAAUCAUAGAAAAGGUCGAAAGAAGAGGAACCCAUUGGCAUAAAAGAAGAUUAACAAUGUUGGUUCGUGCAAGAAACGGGUUGUCGGGGGACAUGAUCAACGCAACGUUGGUGGUUGCGACGCUAGUUAUAACAGCAGUUUACCAAUCAUCUUUAAGCCCACCGAGAGGUGUUUGGCAAGGUGAUAAUAACAGUAUCCCCACCACCAACUCAAAUACUCUUCAAAUCUUAGACGACAAUUACAAUAAAUCCAGAUUCAAACACCUGUUGGGUGAAGAAACAAGGAAAACCGGUACAACAGUGAUGAAUCCCGACAUGUAUUAUGGGUUUUGGGUUUAUAAUCUUAUAGCAUAUGGCUUGCCGGUUCUUCUAACAGUUUUUCUCCUCUCCAAUGUUCCUCGUUUACUCCUGAUCCCGCUUUAUUAUCUGAGCGUCUCCUACUUUUAUUCGAUGACAAUAAUAUCACCCUCGUCGUUUUGGGUAGACGUUAAUUAUAUUCUUGCCAAUGUAACCGCUGCUAUCCCCUUUGCCCUACUUUUCGGAGUCAUCCGCUUAUGGAUGUCACCAAACCACAAGGAAUUCAGACAAUUACAUAGACUUCUCCGUAGUGGCAACCUUGUCAUAAUCAUGUUUAUAUUCAACUAUGUAAUUGAUUUCUUUUUUUAA